AUGAAACAGUUUACCCACCUCUAUCACAGGAAUUCUCAUGCAGGAGCAUCCAAGCACCCAGGAAUAUCACUUAGAUCAAACACCCAUUAUUUGUGCUUGAGCAGUUGGAAUUUACAGGCCCGUUUAAUUAUAUUAUCAUUACCAGUCCUAGCCGUGCUAAUUACUAUAUUAUUAACAGACUCGAUCAAUCUUAAACUACAUCAUUUUUUGAUCCCGCGAGGAGAUAGGAGAUCCAAUUUUAUAUCAACAUUUAUUCUGAUUUUUUGGACAUCCUGA